UUAGCUCCUUUCCAAAGAACCAUGAGUUCCCACAUCAGCCAGAAUUACUGCACCGAAGUGGAAGCCGCCGUCAGCAGCCUGGUCAACCGGCAGCUGCGGGCUUCCCUUACCUACCUCUCUCUCAUCCUCCAUUUCCACCGUGACGACGUCGCCCUGGAGGGCAUGGGCCACUUCUUCUGAGAGCUGGCCCAGGAGAAGCGACAGGGCGCCCAGAGUCUGUGGAAGACGCAAAACCAGCGCGGAGCCCUCUGCGAUGCCAUCCAGAAGCCGUCCUGGGAUGAAUAGGACAGCAGUUUGGGCGCCCUGCGAGCCGCGUUGGCCCUGGAGACGAACCUGAACCAGGCCCUGCUGGAUCUGCACGCCCUGGGCGCAAAGCAUGCAGACUCUCACCUCUGUGGCUUCCUGGAGAACCACUUCCUAGGCCGCGAACGGAAACUCAUCCCGACCAAACUCAGCAGGCUGGAGGGGCCCAACCCACGCUGGGCAGGCCUCUUCCUCCAGCGCAGCAAGGAGCCUGCGGCCCCCAGGGGCCUUCAAGAGGCCCGCCGGCAACAUCCCUCUGUCAGACCUGGGGCGGCGUCCACCCGAGCUGCUCCCUUCAGCCUCAAGAUACUUUUUUUUUCUUUCUUUUUGAAAGAGCCUCCCUGCCUGGGGUGGGUGCAGUGGUGAUCUGAGCUCACUGCAACUUCCGCCUCCCUGGUUCAAGUGAUUCUCCUGCCUCAGCCUCCCGAGUAGCUGAGAUUACUGGCGCGAGCCGCCACCCCUGGCUAAUUUUUGUAUUUUUAGUAGAGACGGGGUUUCACCAUGUCAGCCAGCCUGGUCCCGAACUCCUGACCUCAAGCGAUCCGCCCGCCUCGGCCUCCCAAAGUGCUGGGAUUACAGACGUGAGCCAGCGGGCCUGGCCCUCAAGAUACUUUUUAACCACCCCGUGCACUCCCCCAAGCUAUGGUCCAAGUAGAAGCAACCCUUCUUUUUACAGAAAAAGAGGUUAAAAAGAGAAAGAGAGGAAAACCCACCCACGAAUUCUCAAAAAAGCAAACAAAAACCAAAAAGAAAGCUGUCAUUGAACAGUUUGCUUUUAAAUUUGUUUUAAUUAAAAUACAUUACACAUUUUCAGGGUGCAUAGAGACUUUUUCAAAAUAUGUUACAAAUAAGGAAUUUCCACAGAAACUUGUAACAACAGUAAAGAACUACUACUCUGCCUGGUCACCGUUAGGGAGGUUCUACAACCAAAUUGGUUUCCUUGGAAUGUUUGAAACCCAGGCAGUUUGCAAAGUCAUAACUCCAUAUGCGUCAUUCCCUAAGAGAUUGUCUGAGAGUACUCAACAUCUGGAGAAAUUGAAAUAAAGAUUACAAUAAAAUGAAAUAAAUAAAAUGUAUUAUUUACCAACCUACUGCCAGAAAAUGAACCAGGAGACCAAUAGUUAUUCCAAAGAUUGCCAACACUCCAAACACAAGAAGGGCAAUCAUCCAUAGUGACACAGAUGUACGGGAAGCCAU